UGUGCCGGCGGCCAGGAGACCGCGCGGGCCAGCGCGGAGCCCGGCCGAGCCCCGCGCCGCACCGCCCGGAGCCAUGUUCCUGCUGGGCAUCCUGACCCUGGCCCUCGCCGGGGUCCCCCCGGCCGGCGGCUCCGAGCCGGAGCAGGAGGUGGUGGUCCCCAUCCGGCUGGACCCGGACAUCAACGGCCGCCACUACUACCGGCCGGGUCCCGAGGACGCCGGGGACCAGGGUCUCAUUUUUCAGAUCACGGCCUUCCAGGAGGACUUUUACCUGCACCUGGCGCCCGAUGCCCAGUUCCUGGCGCCCGCCUUCGCCACGGAGCACCUGGGCGGCCCCCUGCAGGGGCUGCUGGGGAACUCGCUCGACUUGCGGCGCUGCUUCUACUCGGGGGACGUGAACGCCGAGCCCGACUCGUUCGCCGCCGUGAGUCUGUGCGGGGGGCUGCGCGGGGCCUUCGGCUACCGAGGCGCCGAGUAUGUCAUCCGCCCGCUGCCCAACGCCAGCGCGCCCGGGGCGCAGCGCAACGGCCAGGGCGCGCACCUCCUGCGGCGCAGGGGCGCCCCCGGCGGGCCUCCCGGAGAUCCCACGUCGCGCUGCGGGGUGGCCUCGGGCUGGAACCCCGCCAUCCUGCGGGCACUGGACCCCUACAAGCCUCGGCGCCCCGGCUUAGGGGAGAGCGGCAGCUGGCGCCGCUCGGGGCGCGCCAAGCGCUUCGUGUCCAUCCCGCGGUACGUGGAGACGCUGGUGGUGGCCGACGAGUCCAUGGUCAAGUUCCACGGCGCCGACUUGGAGCACUAUCUGCUGACGCUGCUGGCCACGGCGGCGCGGCUCUACCGCCACCCCAGCAUCCUCAACCCCAUCAACAUCGUCGUGGUCAAGGUGCUGCUUCUCCGAGACCGCGACACGGGGCCCAAGGUCACCGGCAACGCGGCCUUGACGCUGCGCAACUUCUGCGCCUGGCAGAAGAAGCUGAACAAAGUCAGCGACAAGCACCCCGAGUACUGGGACACGGCCAUCCUCUUCACUAGGCAGGACCUGUGUGGGGCCACCACCUGUGACACUCUGGGCAUGGCGGACGUGGGCACCAUGUGUGACCCCAAGAGAAGCUGCUCUGUGAUCGAGGAUGAUGGGCUUCCGUCCGCCUUCACCACUGCCCAUGAGCUGGGCCACGUGUUCAACAUGCCCCAUGACAACGUGAAGGUGUGUGAGGAGGUGUUUGGGAAGCUCCGGGCUAACCACAUGAUGUCCCCUACGCUCAUCCAGAUCGACAGGGCCAACCCCUGGUCAGCCUGCAGUGCGGCCAUCAUCACAGACUUCCUGGACAGUGGGCAUGGUGACUGUCUCCUGGACCAGCCCAGCAAGCCCAUUGUCCUGCCCGAGGAUCUGCCAGGCACCAGUUACUCCCUGAGCCAGCAGUGUGAGCUUGCCUUUGGCGUGGGCUCCAAGCCCUGCCCCUACAUGCAGUACUGCACCAAGCUCUGGUGCACGGGCAAGGCCAAGGGCCAGAUGGUGUGUCAGACCCGCCACUUUCCCUGGGCUGAUGGCACCAGCUGUGGCGAGGGCAAAUUCUGCCUCAAGGGUGCAUGUGUGGAGAGACACGACCUCAAUACGUACAAGGUGGAUGGUUCCUGGGCCAAGUGGGAGCCCUAUGGCCCCUGCUCGCGCUCCUGCGGAGGUGGUGUGCAGCUGGCUCGGCGGCGCUGUGCCAACCCCGCGCCUGCCAACGGGGGCAAGUACUGCGAAGGUGUGAGGGUGAAAUACCGAUCCUGUAACCUGGAGCUAUGCCCCAGCUCAGCUUCUGGCAAGAGCUUCCGGGAGGAGCAGUGUGAGGCUUUCAAUGGCUACAACCAUAGCACCAAUCGGCUGACGCUCACCGUGGCCUGGGUGCCGAAGUACUCAGGCGUGUCUCCCCGGGACAAGUGCAAGCUCAUUUGCCGAGCCAACGGCACCGGCUACUUCUAUAUGCUGGCCCCCAAGGUGGUGGACGGCACACCUUGCACGCCUGACUCCACCUCGGUCUGCGUCCAAGGCAAGUGCAUCAAGGCAGGCUGUGAUGGGAACCUGGGCUCCAAGAAGAAGUUCGAUAAGUGUGGGGUGUGCGGGGGAGACAACAAGAGCUGUAAGAAGGUGACGGGACUCUUCACCAAACCCAUGCACGGCUACAAUUUCGUGGUGGCCAUUCCCGCGGGCGCCUCGAGCAUCGACAUCCGCCAGCGUGGCUACAAGGGACUCAUCGGUGACGACAACUACCUGGCCCUGAAGAACAGCCAGGGCAAAUACCUGCUCAACGGGCACUUUGUGGUGUCGGCCGUGGAGCGGGACCUGCUGGUGAAGGGCACCCUGGUGCGCUACAGCGGGAGCGGCACGGCCGUGGAGAGCCUGCAGGCGUCCCGGCCCAUCCUGGAGCCCCUCACCGUCGAAGUGCUCUCCGUGGGCAAGAUGACGCCGCCCCGAGUCCGCUACUCCUUCUACCUGCCCAAGGAGCCGCGGGAGGACAAGCCGGCCCCACCCAAGCCCCCCAGGGACUCCCCGAGGCUCCACAACAAUGUGCUCAGCCUCUCCAACCGCGUGGAGCAGCCGGACGAGCAGCCGCCCGCGCGCUGGGUGGUGGGCAGCUGGGGGCCCUGUUCCAGCAGCUGUGGCAGCGGCCAGCAGCGGCGGCCCGUGGACUGUCGGGGUCCCCCUGGCCAGCAUCCUGGCGCGGCCUGCAACGCAGCCCACCGGCCGGCGGAGACCCGGGCCUGUGGGGAGCCCUGCCCAGCCUGGGAGCUGGGGGCCUGGUCGCCCUGUUCCAAGAGCUGUGGCCGGGGCUUUAAGAGGCGUCCACUCAAGUGCACAGGCCCUGGCGGGCGCCUGCUGGCCCGGGACCAGUGCGACCUGCGUCGGAAGCCCCAGGAACUGGAUUUCUGCCUCCUGCGGCCCUGCUGAGGGGCAGCCUUGUUCCCUUGCAGACUCUGUGCCCCGGCUGCUGCUGGGGACCCUAGGGCUGGCCAGAGCCACGUGCAGAGGGCAGUGACUGGGGGCCACGGUGUCACCCAUCUCCAGGGACAAGGACUGUGGUGCGGUGAGAGGCCCCUUUCUCCCGGGCCACGUGGGGGCUGCCAGGAACUCAGACACAGUCUACCUCACGCCCGACUCCUCCGGGGCCCAGGCUCGGGCGAGGCUGAGGGUGGCGGCGGCGCUGGGGCAGAGCGUCUGGGCCCAGUUCCAGCAGGACCUGGAGGACGGACACUCCCAGGUGGGACUUCAGGGACCUGGGCCCUCU